AAAUACCAAUGGUGACAACUGCAAUGACUUGCGCUUGAAGACAUGCCACUUUAUGCGAUACUGGAUUCUGGAAUUUCCUGCAGAGUUUAAUUUGGAUUUGGGACUGAUACGGCUGACGGAGGAAUUCAGAGAACUGGCAAGUCAGCUGGGUUAUGAAGAACAUAUUAAUCUUAUAGACAUAUCCAGCAUCCCAUCUUAUGACUGGAUGCGAAGAGUCACACAGAGAAAAAAAACAUCAAAGAAGGGGAAGGUUUGCCUUCUGUUUGACCAUCUGGAGCCUGUGGAGCUGGCAGAACACCUAACAUUUCUGGAGUAUAAAGCCUUCCGAAGGAUAUCUUUUACAGAUUACCAAAAUUAUGUAAUUCAUGGUUACUUAGUCGACAAUCCAACCUUGGAGAGGUCCAUAGCUCUGUUCAAUGGAAUCUCUAAAUGGGUCCAGCUUAUGGUUCUUAGCAAGCCAACUCCACAACAAAGAGCGGAAGUUAUUACAAAGUAUAUCAAUGUUGCUGAGAAACUACUGGAAAUUCAAAACUUUAAUACACUGAUGUCUGUGGUUGGAGGACUGAGUCAUAGCUCUAUCUCUCGUCUUAAAGACACUCACGCACAUCUCAGUACUGAUGUUACAAAGGUGUGGGAUGAAAUGACUGAGCUGGUCUCGUCUAAUGGAAACUACUGUAAUUAUCGUAAAGCCUUUGCGGAGUGCGAAGGUUUCAAAAUUCCUAUCCUUGGUGUUCAUUUGAAAGACUUAAUAGCUGUACAUGUCGCUUUUCCUGACUGGAUAGACGACAAUAAAGUAAAUACUGUUAAAAUGCAACAGUUAUACGUCACCCUGAAUGAGCUGGUUUCACUACAGACUUCCUCACAUCACCUAGAAACAAGUAUGGAUUUAGUUAACCUCUUAACGCUAUCUCUUGAUUUGUACCACACAGAAGAUGAUAUAUAUAAACUUUCACUGGUGCUUGAGCCUAGGAACCCUAAAUCGCCAACAUCACCUACAACUCCUAAUAAGACAGAUGCACCACUUGAUUGGGCUUCUGCAGUGACUACAAAGCCUGACCCUACAAUUAUUAAUAAGCAUAUACGGAAACUGGUUGAGUCUGUUUUUAGAAAUUAUGACCAUGAUCACGAUGGGUAUAUUUCUCAAGAGGACUUUGAGAGUAUCGCUGCAAACUUCCCGUUUCUGGACUCCUUCUGUGUUUUAGACAAGGAUCAAGAUGGUCUAAUCAGCAAAGAUGAAAUGAUGGCUUAUUUUCUGAGGGCCAAAUCUCAGUUUCACUGUAAAAUGGGACCUGGGUUUGUUCAUAACUUCCACGAGAUGACAUUUCUGAAACCGACCUUCUGUGAGCACUGUGCAGGAUUUCUCUGGGGUAUAAUCAAACAAGGAUAUAAGUGCAAAGAUUGUGGUGCCAAUUGCCAUAAACAGUGUAAAGAACUCCUUGUCUUAGCAUGCAGAAAGCUCUCUAGAGGAGCAUCUAUGGGCAGCAGCCAUGGUUCUCUACCCAGCAGUCCAUCACUAGCUCCAGCACAAGAUGAGGUCUUUGAAUUUCCCUCGUCUGUAAGAGAAAGUCAAGAUCUGGAAGGACGGGGCAUAACUCUGGUUACAGGCUCUUCUAAGAAGAUUUCAGUGCGAUUGCAGCGGUCAACGACCAGCCAGGCAACCCAAACAGAUCCGGUAUGGUCAGACUCUGGCUGGAGUGACAUUGGGUCUCAUACUUUUCCUAAGAUGAAAUGCAAGUUUUAUGGCAAAUCAAACAAGAACAAAGGUUUUGCAAAAUGGGAGAAUGAAAAACCUAACCUACACCCAAACAUGGACAUUAUGGAAGUACAGAUUAUGGAGCACCUUCAAGACCACAAUGGGGCAGAAAGCCAUGAGAACUUAAACAGCAAAGAGGACCGUUGAUUCUCUGAUCGCCUGCUGUAAAGUGAGGACAACGCCAACAAUGGCACUUGAUGGAAAAGCCCUCUCAGUAACAAAGGAGAGCAAAAGACGUAGUUGCACUUCCUGCAAAUAAAAAGAAAUAUCCGGGAUAUAUAGCUGGUAAAAUAAACUCUUUCUCCUUUUGACUACUAAUGGACUUUUAGCACUGAAACACAAACUGCUCCAACAAGUGUUAACUUGGGAAGAAGACACCGCUAAUGGAUUUCAAUAUCAGUUCUCUUGUCUCAAGUGUUCUGUUCCACUACAUUCCGACAUUUGUUUUGUAUGUACAUAAUUGCUUUAGUUUUAUUGUGAUCUUUUAUAAAGAUGUGAUUGGUAUUUAAGAGAGUAAGUGAACAUGCAUGACAUAUUAUUUAAUACCCCUCCCCCAUUUUAAAAAAAUAGAUAUUUAUGGCAUAUUAUUCUUAUAAAACACUGACAUGCCCAAAAUGCUGGUUUGGCAUCCAUUUUUAAAGGCAUUACCUUAAAAAGCCUAGAUAAAUGGAGAUUGCUGAAAAUGUGUUAGUUAAACAUUCUGUGCAGAAGAUUGUUACAGUUCAUGGAAAGGCUUCAACACAACCUUAUACAAUAUAUGCAGCCUCAACCCAUAUUCUAUGUUUCACAUGGCUUUGUACUGCAAACAUUGAGUGCACUGUUCCAUCUAAAAAGUAAUAACAUUAACUAAUGCUCUUCAGGGGUAUCCAGAUGAUAGAUCGACAGUGUAUUGGUCAACAGUCAAUAGGUUGCCGACAUAUGGUUGACAUGCAUUAGGUUGACAGGUACAAAAGGUUGACAGGUAAAAAGGCCAACAGAUGAAAUGUCAACAGUGCAUAAAGUCAACAGGUACAAAAGGUCAACAGGUUCAAAAGGUCUACAUGACAAUAGUCGACGCAUAAAUGGUCAACACAUGUUUUCAGGUUUUUCACUGUUUUCUCAACAUUUGCUUGAUUUACUAUCCAUGUGGACAUCUAUUGGGAUUAUUAACCUGCCCAAAGUAUGGUGAGCGAGCCCGCAAUUGUACACGUUUGUAUUGAUGGUAGCAACAUAACAUGAAAUAUACAAGAUUUGACCAAAAAAAUGUUGACCUUUUGUGGGUCGAGCAGUGUCAUGUUGACAAUUGAACCUGUCAACGUUUUGUACGUGUCAACCUUUUAUCUGUCAUCCUUUUGUACCUGUUGACUUAUUGCACAUAAACCUAAUGCCUCGACCUUAACAUUGCCGAUCCAUUGAUGCGCACCCCUCUUCUGGCUGGAGUUUGCAUUAAAUAAACAUUUUCACGAUUUUAUUUUCAGGGUGCACAGACACAGACUAUCAGUGAAACUCUAACUGGACUUUACAGUACAGGUGAAACGUCAAGUAACAAUAAAUUAUUAUUGGUGACUUCAGCUAGUGAAUACUGUAUGUAGAAUAUGUAACAGAUCCCUAUAAUGUUUUAUUCUCCAUUAUCACUGACAUUUCUCAUUAAACAUUGUGUGGUUAGCAAGAUGCUUACAUAUAGUCCGGGUGCAAGCAAUUACAGAAUGCUCAGUGUAAUGAGGAAGGCAAUAUAGGUUUAUUUGUUUGGUGAAAGGCAGCAAUUUGGAAAAAAAAUGAAUGCUGCAAUUUUUUUUAUUGCAGAAGACUAUAAUAGUGGUUUCUACUUUGUGCAGAAUGACUUAAAUGACAAUCUUACUUUUAUAAGCUUUUUUUAGGAUAGAAUUAACCACCUCCAGGACUAGUUUAUUUGCUGUGUUCUGUGGAGACCAUUAAUAAAAUCAGAACUCCAAGAAAGAGAAUCCAGCAGAACAUUAUGUUGGAGAAUCCAUCGAUUCCCCAUGCAGUGACAUUAUGCCACACAUUAGUCAGCUGACAUGACGUGAUCACAUCAGAACUACCACUGGUGCUUACACUUAUGCCUGUGGCUGAGAUGAAGCUGCAUAAGUACAUACCUGGGCCCAGGAGGGUGUGCAAAUGCAGUGGAAGCUUUGUCUUACACUGACAAAAACUAUUUCUCCUCGGUGCAAAAGUCCCAGAGAACCAUUAAAAGUGAAAGUGUCCUUUAAGCUUACGUCUUGUUCUCCAUACAGGUACAAAAUGCAGUUAACAUUUUAAAAUUAAUUACAAUAGAUUGUAAAGAAUACAUAGAAACCUAAAGCAGCUAUAAAAUUUAAAAUAGUUAAGUAAUGUUCACACUACUACUAUUUAUUUACAGAUUUCCUUAAAUCACUGGAUACAUGCAUUUCCUUGUGUUUGUUCUUUGAUGUUAUUUAAAAAAUAGCAAAAUGUGUUUUUUGCAUUUUUGUUUUAUGUUAUACUAGCAAAAGACAUCUAGCCAUUGCC